AUGGACAACCUCCUCAAAGAAGGCGAGCAAUUCGUCGACAACCAAGGAGGCAACAACAACCAAGGGAAUGACCAAAGCCAGAACGACCAACAGUCUCAGCAACAGGACCAACAACAGGGCCAGCAAGGAGGCGGCAGUGGCGGCAUGAUGAAGAGCUUUGAGCAGAACGCCGGGGACUCUUAUGUCAAUCAAGGGGUCAACAAGUUCUUGAACAACGAGGGCGUCCCGACUGCCAUGGACGGCGCGAUCGAUGGAGCUGUUGACACCGAAGUCAACAACCUCGAGAAGAACUUCUAG